AUGUUUGCCUCUUCCAUUCUUUUGCUGUCGUCCCUGGUGGCCAGCGCCCUUGGCGCGUCCCGGACUUCUCCCCCCUCCGGCGCCCUUGUGGUCGCCAAGUCUGGUGGUCAGUACAGCACCAUUCAGAAGGCUGUUGAUGCUGCCAAAUCUGGUAGCGUCAUCUUCAUUCAGCCUGGUACAUACAACGAACAGGUCUUGAUUCCUGCCUCCGUUGGCGCCCUUACGAUCUACGGCUCCACGUCCAACGACCAGGACUACUCCAAGAACACCGUCACUAUCACCAACAGCCUAGGCGCUGACCAGGCCGGUAACAAUGACGCCUCCGGUACCCUCCGAGCCAAGAACGACAACCUCAAGGUCUACAACAUCAACAUCGUCAACUCCCGUGGUAAGGGCAUCCAGGCCAUUGCCUUAAGUGCCUACGGCAACCAGCAAGGAUACUACGGCAUCCAAGCCAAGGGCUACCAAGACACUGUCCUCUCCAACCAGGGCAAGCACUACUUCCACGGCUCUUACAUCGAGGGUGCCACCGACUUCAUCUUCGGCCAGAAGGCCAUCGCCUGGUUCGAGUCUUGCACACUCGCCAUCUCCGGCAAGGGGUACAUCACCGCCUCCGGCCGUGACUCCACGAGCAACCCGUCGUGGUACGUCAUCAACAAGUCCACAGUCAAGGCCCUCUCGGGAGUCGGCGAUGGUCAGACAUAUCUCGGCCGUCCCUGGCGCACCUUCGCCCGUGUCGUCUUCCAGAACAGCAACCUCGGCUCCGUCGUCAACUCUGCGGGAUGGAUCAAGUGGGGAGACAACCCGACCGACAACGUCGACUACAGCGAGUACGCCAACACGGGCAAGGGCGCGGAGGGCACACGCGCAAGCUUCUCCAAGAAGCGCAGCUCUGCCGUCAAGUUUGGUGACAUUCUCGGUUCCACCUCCUGGAUUGAUUCGUCUUACACCAGCGGCGCCAAGUCUGCCGCCGUCGCUGUCUCCGCCGAGGUUUCCGCGCCCGCUGUUGUCGCCGAUGCCGUUGCCCAGGCUACACCCACAACACUCUCCACCGUUGUCAAGGCUGCUGCCACACCUGCUGCCGUUGCCGCCGCCGCCGAUGAUUGCAGUGGUACCCCUGACGGCUUCGCUUCUCUGAACGGUGGCACCACAGGUGGCAAGGGCGGCGAGGUUGUCGUUGUCAAGACCCAGGCCGAUCUCGAGAAGUAUGCUGGCUCCACGGGCAAGUAUGUGAUCAAGGUUUCUGGAAAGAUCACGAUCACCCCCAAGGGCAAGGAGGUCAAGGUUUCUUCCGACAAGACCAUCGUUGGUAUCGGUGCCACUGCCGAGAUUGACCAGGGUGGUUUCAACAUCCAGAACCAGCGCAACAUCAUCUUCCGUAACCUCAAGAUCGGCAACACGUACGUUGAGGGUGAUGAUGAGGGCAAGACUCAGGACUUUGACGGCAUUCAGAUGGAUAACUGCACCAACAUCUGGAUUGACCACGUCCACCUUGAGAAGGGCGGUGACGGUCUCAUCGACAGCCGCAAGGACACAACAUUUCUCACCGUCUCCUGGACCAUCCUUCGCAACCACAACAAGGCUUUUGGCAUUGGCUGGACCGACAACGUCAGUGCCCAGGUGACCAUCCACCACAACUACUUCGACCAGACCAAGCAGCGCAACCCCUCCGUCGACAACGUCAAGAACGCCCAUCUCUACAACAACUACCUCGUUGGCCAGACCUCCUACGGCCACUACGCCCGUGGCAAGACCGAGAUGGUCAUGGAGAACUGCUACUUUGAGAAGGUCAAGAACCCGAUCCAGGCCGACAGCACUGCCAAGCUCAGUGCUACCGGAAACGUCUUCAAGAGCACCAGCGGCACCACGGCUAAGAAUGCUGGCACUGUCUUCGACCCCAAGACCUUCUACCACUACAAAGUCGAUGCGGCCAAUGAUGUGCCGAGCAUCGUUUCCAAGGGUGCUGGUCGUCAGGCUAGUAUUUGCGCUGCUUAA